GCACAUAGAUGCACCCGCGGGCACCGCGUUGGGGACCACUGCCUUAGAGUGACUCCAACAAUGUGGAUAAGUCCCGCAGGACAGAUGCUGGCUAAGCUUCAGGGCUAACUACAAAACUCACUUCUUCAAACUAGCCUUCCGACAGUCCCAGCACCAAAACAAAUACAAUGGAGCAGCGAGAGAGAAUUUUGCACCCUUCAUAAUUUGGAGAGACCUUAGACACCACAUGGUGACAGACAUCAUGUAAGUACGAAAUAGGUAGAUUGUGACAUUGCAAGCUUGCUCUCACUGCUACAAGGAGCUUCGCCCCUGGAGUAGAAAAACCACCUUUCCAGGGUGAGAGCAUGGUUUAAUUCUCAUGCUAAUUAAAACCUUUACUGCUGUCAAGACUGCAAAGAGUGGGUCAGUCAUGGUGGUGGGAUUUGUGCGCGGGAUAUGGAUGAAUGUGCAACAGGUACUGGUCUCAGAUCAUUAGCUCUUUAUAAGCCGCUGUAGCAGCCAUCAGAUGGUAACCACAUUUGGCCUGUAUGUCCUGAGUCAGAAUUGUAGCAGGGAUCUAGCAAUAAAACACCAGGUGAGUGAGCUAGCCAGUUCCCCAUGGCUAAGCGAUUUUAACCUCUGGGCAGUGACCCCAAGAGUACUGAGAAAUGUCCAGGCUGCUCGUGGCCUGUUUCCACUACGCUCAGGAAGUGGAGACUUGAAGUGGAGGAGAGGAGAUUACAGUCUCACCAGUGUCUCUCUUUCCUUUUAGUCUCAGUGGUAGGAGCCUGGGUUUGCUACGCUGCCAGCAUGAAGGUUUUGCCUAUCCUGGGGCUUUUCCUCCUGCCCGUGGCUGCUCAUGGGAAGAUCUACGAAAGGUGUGAGCUGGCAAGAGCAAUUAAAAGGCUUAGGCUGGAUGGAUACUGGGGCUACAGCCUGGGACACUCCGCUGGUGGUGCAAUGAUGGCAAGACUCCAAGAGCCAAGAACGCAUGUGGAAUCCAGUGUUGUGUCCUCCCGCUAUAUUUACUACUGUAUUUCUUUUUUAGCCUUACUGACAGCAGACAUUACAGCGAGUGUAAACUAUGCAAAGAGAAUUGUUCGCGCUUCCAAUGGCAUGAGUGCAUGGGUGGCGUGGAAAAAGUACUGCGGAGGAUGA